UUCCCACUAGAAUUGACAAUUGUCCACUACUCUCCUUCUUAGCCUUACACUUUCUCUUCUGCAUGGCUUUGGAUGUCGCCAUGUUUUCUCAAUUUUCUUAGCACAGUUCAGUAACAUUUCCCCCUUAUUUUCAGCAUCAGUCUCUUGGUCAAUCUUUACCCCUCUACCCCACCCCAACUUUUUUUUUUCAUUAUAUAUACAACCUUACAAAUCUUUUCUAAAGCCCCACCAAAACUUCUCUACCUCUUUGUACUACAACCAUGAACAAAGUGGUUGCUUUUUCGCUUUUUCUUCUGUUUUUGUUCCCAGUUUUAGUUUCAUCCGAAUGUACGUGCGAUGAAGAUUCUGAGGACAGAAACAAAACGGAAGCGUUAAAGUACAAACUGGUAGCCGUUGCUUCUAUCUUGCUAGCGGGCGCCAUAGGUAUAUCAAUUCCAAUUCUCGGCAAAAUAUUCCCGGCAUUACACCCCGAAAACAAUAUAUUUUUCUUCGUCAAAGCUUUCGCGGCGGGCGUGAUUCUCGCCACGGGUUUCGUUCACAUAUUGCCCGAUGCAUUCGAGAGCUUGUCUAGCCCUUGCCUUCCUGAAAAGCCGUGGGGUGAUUUCCCGUUUGCGGGGUUUAUAGCAAUGGUUGCGGCAAUUGGGACAAUGAUGGUGGAUUUGGUAGCUAUGAGCUAUUUUAGGAGAUCUCAUUUAAAGAGACAGAAACCUGUGAAUAGUGAUGAAGAAAAAGAGGGUGGUAUGAUUAAUCAGAAUAAUCAUGUUCAUGUACAUACUCAUUCAACUCAUGGACAUGCUCAUGGCUCGGUUGUGCCAUUAGAAGAGGGUUCUGAAUUGGAUUUAUCUCGUCGACGAGUUAUCUCACAGGUUUUGGAAUUGGGAAUUUUGGUCCACUCGGUGAUUAUUGGUAUAUCUUUGGGUGCCUCAGAAUCUCCCAAGACAAUUAAACCCCUUGUAGCGGCAUUAACUUUUCAUCAACUUUUUGAAGGCAUUGGUUUAGGAGGUUGCAUAUCUGAGGCAAGAUUCAAGUUGAGAAAAACAGCAAUGAUGGCAAUUUUCUUCUCCCUCACAACACCAAUGGGAAUUGCAAUUGGAUUUGGAAUAUCAACUGUGUAUAGUGAGACCAGUCCAACAGCUCUCAUGGUUGAGGGCAUUUUCAAUUCUAUUGCUGCUGGAAUUUUGGUUUACAUGGCUUUAGUGGAUCUCCUUGCAGCAGAUUUUAUGAGCAGUAGAAUGCAAGAUAGUCCAAAACUUCAAAUUGAAGCUAACGUUUUUCUUCUUCUAGGGGCUGGUUGUAUGUCACUUUUGGCCAAGUGGGCCUAAACAAGAAAAUCUAGAGUUAGAACAUAGGAAAUAAACAAGGUUUUGUUUUUUUUUUAAAUUCUUUUUGUAGUUUUUUUUUGUCACUUAUUUUAGAUUUUUUUGAUCUUCAGAGAAUGUCGGAAUUACAAAGAGUAUUUGAAAUUAUUUACAA